UAAAAGAAAAUUAAACAUAACAAUUUUUAAAUGCAACGAAAGUUAAUUUGUGACUGCAUUAUUGAUAUACCGUUCUUCAAAGCUUUCAUUAGAAAAUAGAAACGUUUGUUUUAAAUCAAAAUAUUUUGUUAACUAUUGGACAUGCGCAGGACAUGCGAGCCAAUGAUCGACUUACAAGGAUGUCAACAAAGGAGAAUCCGUAGUCCGAGUCCACCGCAAUACCACUUCGUUGUCUGUGGCAAUACUAAUAGUCUACUUCAGUUACCACCAUCGAAGUUGGAAAAAAAACGUAAUAACGUCGUCUUAUUAACGUAAGAAAAUCGUAAGUGGUCAGAUACCAAAUCUAAAAGUUGAAGUUUUAUCAGUUUAUUACCAACUUCCACUGUGACUGGCUUGAAUCGAAUCCAUUCAUAUCAGCAAAGUCUUCAAAUGGAUUCGGAUGACGAAUAUAUUGUACAACAAUUUAGCGAGGACGGAGGGAUUGACUCGAGUGAUGAAGAUGAAAUGGUCAUGAAAGAAUUUUUCCGGCAAUCAGGUUCUGGGUUAAAAAGAUCAUUAAAAGAUUUUGAGAGUGAAAUGGAAAACGAAGCAGACAUACGUGUUGCAGCUUACCUAGAGAAAGAACAGUUUUGUGAUCCUUUGAAGGCUGAGAGUGAUAAAAAAGAAGUAAGAAAAUCUAGGGAUUACUUUGACACUGAUUCAGAAGAAGGUGAAGAAACAGAAGAUCCAACGGUGGAGGCAAAAUCAAACAUGGAUUUAUUUUAUGAUCCUCUAAUGGAUUCCAAAGAUGAAAAAUAUGUCCAAAGACAAAGAGACAUGUACAGAACAAAGCUCAUGAAUCGAACCAAGCCAAAACCUUUACCUAAUAGUGAUGCAGUAUUGAAUUGCCCUGCUUGCUUCACCACCUUGUGUCAUGACUGCCAAAGGCAUGAAACCAUAAAAACACAAUAUAGAGCAAUGUUCACCUUCCACUGUCAAGUCGACCUUGGAGAGGUCAUGAAAGUUCCUCUUCACUCCCAAAAAAACCGUUCCAAGAAGGCUUUGAGUCAGCCCGGGGAACUUCAUUUCAGCGGUGAGGAAGAAACUUACCACCCAGUGCGGUGUUCAGUAUGCAAUACGCACGUGGCUAUGCUCGAUAGCGAUGAGGUGUAUCAUUUUUUCAAUGUAGUAACGAGUCAUUGAAUAAACUCAUUACUUUAGCA